AAUGGCGAUUGUGUCUGUACGGUACAGCGGGAUGACUAAGCAAAUUUACCGGGAAAGCGCAAAAGACCGAGGAAUACGAGCGUUCUCGAGAUUAUUUUGUUCUCGGGCGUGAAAAAAAACCACCAGUUCCCAGAUUCGGGUUAUGGAUGGCAAGAGGUCUAUUAAAAUGGACCCGUUAUCACCGAACCCAGGCCUGGCGAUAAACGAUGACGAACUGGUCACGAUAUCGGUGCGGGACUUGAACAGGCAAUUGAAGAUGCGCGGAGUGACCAAAGAGGAGAUCGUGCGUAUGAAGCAGCGGAGACGCACGCUGAAGAAUAGAGGUUACGCGGCUAGCUGCCGUAUAAAGCGCAUAGAACAGAAAGACGAGCUGGAAACCGAGAAGUCUCAGGAAUACAGGGAUAUGGAGGAAAUGCACGAGAACAAUAAUCGCAUGAGAGACGAGAUCGAGUCGUGGUACGUGAAGUUUCAAGCGCUCAAGAAAUUCGCCAUGGAGAAGAAAAUUAUGAUUCCACCGGAAUUGGAAUUGGAGCCUAAGAAGUACAACGACUGAUCGGACGUGUUGUUCGUUGAUCACGUUGACGUGUCAAGGAACGCACAUUUAGAAUGUAAUAAUACAAGGUUUCAAUGAACCCACAAUAGUUUGCUAAUUUUUAUGAUUUCUAAAUAGAUUUAGAAGGGAAACUAUCGUUUUGUACGUAUAGCUUGCAGUAUGUGAUAUAUAUAUAAUUUGUAUCUUAAGCUACGUAUAUAAUAAGGCAUAUAUAUAUAUAUGUGUGCUUAAGAUUCAAAUGACAUACAUAACACUGGUAUGUAUGUAAGUAAUAUUUAUAAAUAAGAAUAUAUGUUAUACAAAUAGAAUGUGGGAAUGGAGAAAAGGAAAGAGAUAUGUAAUUCUAUCGAUUCUCAAUUAUUUUCACUUUCAUUACAUAAUAAAAGUAUUAACCUGCUGACUA